GUUUUUUUUGUAGCGGGACCAAUACAUUAUGAACCAAGAAGAAGCACGGAAAUCCAGCGCCGUUCCAAUAUGACACAAAGGGACGAGGUGCAAAAAUUCGAGCAGGGCCGUAUCAAGGUCUUGCAAGAGGAACGUUUACACAUCCAAAAGAAAACCUUUACGAAAUGGAUGAAUUCAUUUCUCGUCAAGGUUCGUUUAGAAGUUCACGAUCUCUUCACGGACUUAGCGGAUGGAAAAAUUCUCUUGAAAUUAUUAGAAAUAAUUUCGGGGGAAAAACUAGCAAAACCCAACAAUGGAAAGAUGCGAGUUCACAAAAUCGAAAACGUCAACAAAAGUUUGGCGUUUUUACAUACGAAGGUUCGCCUGGAAAGUAUUGGAGCGGAAGAUAUCGUAGAUGGAAACCCCAGAUUGAUUUUGGGUCUAAUUUGGACGAUUAUUUUAAGGUUUCAAAUCCAAGAAAUUGAAAUUGAUGUGGAUGAAGAAAAUGAAAGUUCCGAAAAAAAAUCAGCCAAAGACGCCCUUUUAUUAUGGGCCCAGAGGAAAACACACGGGUACAACGGAGUCCACAUCACCGAUUUUUCAUCAUCGUGGCGAAAUGGACUUGGAUUUAACGCGUUAAUUCACGCCCAUCGUCCGGAUCUUUUCGAUUUUAACGAUCUCCUCAACGGGAAACCGCUCGAUAAUUUAAAUCACGCCUUCGAUAUGGCCAACAACGAAUUGGGCAUUCCAAAACUAUUAGACGCCGAAGACAUCGACACGACACGUCCAGAUGAGAAGAGUAUAAUGACUUACGUCGCUUCUUAUUAUCAUACUUUUGCCCGAAUGAAAAACGAAGAGAAAAGUGGGAGAAGAAUAGCAAAAAUUAUUAGCCAAAUGGUCGAAGCGGAUAAAAUGAAAAAUCAAUACGACAAAUUUACUUCAAAUUUAUUGGAGUGGAUUAAAGCUAAAGUUGUUGAAUUGGAAAAUAGGGAUUUUCCAAAUUCUUUAGAGGGAAUCCAAAGUUUAUUAUUAGCUUUUGGGCAAUAUAGGACGAUAGAAAAACCGCCUAAAUAUAAAGAACGAAGCGAAAUUGAAGCUUUAUACUUUAACAUUAACACUCAAUUAACUGAAUUAAAACAACCAACUUUUACGCCACCCGAUGGGAAGUUAGUUCAAGAUAUUGAAAGAGCUUGGGAAAUGUUAGAAAGAGCUGAACAUAGCCGCGAAGUCGGGCUGCGUAACGAACUCCGCAGACAAGAACGAUUAGAACAAUUAAAUUACAAAUUCGAAAAGAAAAGCAUUUUACGCGAAGGUUACUUAAAAGAUAUGAUCCAAGUACUUUCCGACCCCCGAUAUGGAUCAAACUUAGCCCAAGUUGACGCCACCGUUAAAAAGCACGAAGCUAUUUCAGCCGAUAUCUUAGCGAGAGAAGAAAGAUUUCAUGAUUUAACCGAAAUGGCCAACGAGCUUUUAAGCGAAAAUUAUCGAAAUUCAGAUAAAGUCCAAGCUCGCGAACAAGAAGUUUUGGGAAAAUGGAAUUAUUUAUUAGAACUCUUAGAGAAACACAAAUUUAGUUUAAAUCGAAUGGGCAACAUUAUGGGACUUUUACGCGAAAUCGACACCACUUUAGCUAGCAUAAACCUAUUAAAAACCGACUUAAGCUCUGUCGAUACCGGCGCGCAUUUAUUCGCAGUCGAAGAAUUAUUACAAAAACACGCUUUACAAGAACUUCAAGUCACCUCGUUAGGAGAAACUCAAAGAAAAUUGAAGAGAAUGUGCGAAAAUGCGGCGCAAAGCCCCAAAGAAGAGGAGUUGGUUAAAAGAAAAUUAAACGAAUUAGAAUCAGCUUUUAUCGAGUUACAAGAAUGUAGCGCAAAGAGACGCGCACUUCUCGAAGAAGCCCGCAAUUUCUAUCAAUUCCUCCAAGACAUCGAAGAUGAGGAAGCGUGGUUAAUCGAAAAACAACGUAUUUGCCAAGCUGGGAUCACAGCGAAAGAUCUCCGAGGAGUUCUAAACCUCCAACAAAAACACAAACUCCUCACGGAUGAAAUCAAAAAUUUAAAAAAUAAAUUCGAUAGGUUAGGGCACACCUCAAACCAAUUAAUCCAAGCCAAGCACCCCCGUUCGGCCGAAAUCCAACAACAAAUCGAUAACAUCAAAAAAGAAUGGGAAAUACUUGAAAAAUUGGCGAAUGAGCGCGCAAAACAACUCCAAGACGCAGCGGAAGCUUAUCAAUUUUACGCCGACGCCAACGAAGCCGAUUCGUGGUUGCACGAAAAAAAAUCUUUAUUAACAUCAACCGAUUACGGAUCAGACGAACCAAGCGCCCAAGCUCUCCAACAAAGGCUUCGCGACUUACAAGGAGAAUUAAACGCUUAUAAAGGAGACAUUCAAAGCUUAAAUAACCAAGCGGAACAAUUAAUAUCAGCAGGAAUUUCUCACCUCGAUCUUACAGCCCAAGUCGAUAUUAACGAACCCGUCGAAGAAUGGAGCUACGAAAUCAGAAUGAUCCCAACCGAAGUUUGGGAAGAAGAAGAAAUCGAUAAAGUAGAAAAUCGCACGGUUAUCGAAGACAAAGUUAUCCCACAAGUUCGCGCUUUAUACCCAUUCAACGACCACGGCUUCACAAUGGCCAAAGGAGACGUAAUGAUCUUAUUAAACAAAAGCAACCCAGAUUGGUGGUGUGUCCGUAAAAAAACCAGCGGCGUUGAAGGUUUCGCCCCGGCUAAUUACGUCAAAGAAAUCGAACCGAUGGUAAUGCAAGUGCAAGUUAGAAAACCACAAAAAAUUAAGGCAACUCAAAAAGUGAAAAAGACCAAAAUGGUGAAACAAAAAGUUCCCGUUAAAGUCGUAAAGCAACCGAAAGGGGGUACUGAAAAAAGAAAAGUCGACGAUAGUAAUUCGGUUCCGAAGCGACAAAAAAACAUCAACGACAAUUACAACGAAUGCCAAGAAUUAGCCGCGUCGAGAUACACCCAAUUAGAAGACGCAAUCAGAUUAUUCGGAUUCUACCGAGAAUGCGAUGACUUCGAAAAGUGGAUAAAAGACAAAGAAAAAUUAUUAACAUCCGAUGAUCCCAAUGAAAACGUCGAACAAGCUAAGCGAAAAUACGAAAAAUUCGUCACAGAUUUAUCGGCAAGUAACAAAAGAAUCGAAGCCCUCGAUAAUCAAGUUAAAGAUUUCGAAGAACGCAAACCGGCUCAAAUCGAUAAAGUUCGCGCGAGACAUCGUCAAAUACAUUCGGCUUGGGAUCGUUUAAAUAAAUUAAAAGCUCAAAAAGAACGUAGUUUGGAAGGUGCUAGUAGCGUCGAAUUAUUCACGAGGACUUGCGAUGAGGCUAAAGAUUGGAUGUUGGAGAAAAUGGCACAACUUGAAGCGCCGAUUCACGCGCACGAUUUAAAGACGGUGCAAGCGUUACAAAGAAGACACCAACACCUCGAACGCGAAUUAGCUCCGGUCGAAGAAAAAGUUAAUAAAGUUGAUUUAUUGGCGAAUUCCGUCAAGUCAGCUUAUCCGCAAGAAAAGAAAAAUGUCGAUGAACGUCAAGCGGAAAUUAAUGAUUUUUGGAAUCAGGUUAGCGAAAAGGCAGCGGAUCGUAAAAAGGGAUUGGAAAAUGCUGUUGGACAACAGAUCUUCACAAAUAGUGCUUUAGCCCUUUUAGGUUGGGUUGGAGACGUUAAAGAACAGUUAAAUCAAGAAAAUCCCGUUCGAGAUGUUCAAACGGCUGAGGAAUUAUUGAAAAAUCAUCAGGAUUUGGCACAUGAUAUUAAAGCGCAUGAUGAUGAGUAAGUAUUUUUUUAUUUUA